AUGAGGGCCUCGGCGUCGCUGCCGCUGCUCAUCGGCCUCGUCACACAACUCCCGGCUACCGUCGCGUUGAAGAACGACUUCUCAGCGUAUCCGCAGGGCUCACAACAAUGUCUCAGCGAUUCGGCGGAUCAGAGCAAAUGCUCGGGAAACACGGGGAAGGAAAUGAACCAAUGUCUGUGUUCGAACCAGGGUAACUUCAUCUAUGACACGGCGACAUGCGUAUCGAAGAACAGUCCGAACGAUUUAAGCGCCGUGUACGACACCAUGAAGAACAACUGUGCCGGGACAGGUGUCACUAUCGCCGUAUCGAAAGAAGCUUUCAUGUCACAAGCGAACGCCGCCACGGCCACAACAACCGGCUCACCGGCCCCGACGAAAGGACCCGGAUCUACGGACGAUGACGACUCCGACGGGAAUGGCAUAUCGAAGGGUGGCAAGAUCGGCCUAGGCGUAGGCAUAGUUUUCGGCGCCAUAGCCCUAGGUCUACUCGGCUGGUUCGUAUGGAUGUACUCGCAACGCCGUAAACGCCGCCGUUCACAAUACCCGUCAAACCCGAGCCAUCCCGACGUAGAACUAUACCAAAACAACAACAACGACGGCAGCCGAAACCCAACCGUAGGCGGCAGCACCUUAAACGGGUAUCCCACCUCCCCAGCACCCGAAUACGCACAGCACAACGGACAAUUCGGCUUCGCGGAGCUACCCCCCGAACAACAGCAAGACAAAUGGAAAGAACUGCCCGCGGAUCAAAGCCAGAAUCAUAGAAAUUACUACGACAACAGCCCGUUAAAAAGCGCGCAUAGCUAUAAACACCUCUCGGGCGAACCGUUACUGCAAAACCGAUCCGAGCUCGGAUCCGACGGCGCGAGGUCACCCGUUCCUCCCGUAGAGUUACCCGCCGAGGUCGUGUACCAUGACACGCGGAGUGUGGGUGGUGCUAGGAGUCCGGAGAGUGGGUUCCGGGUUGGAGGGAGGUGA